GCGCUGGCCCGCGCGCCGGCGGCCCCCAGAGGGUGAGCUAGCCCCGGCGGCCCCACGGACACGCUGCCCCUGCGCGGGCGCCCGGGCUCGCAGCCCGAACUGACAAUCGUCGCUGUUGGAGGACGGGUGUGCUCGUUUUGGGGUUUUCGUUGCCUUUUUUCUUUCUUUCUUUUUUUUUUCUUUUUUUCGUUUUUGGACCUUUGGAGGAGGGAAGUGGGGACACCGGCAAGGACCGCCCGCCCGCCCGGCCGGGGGCAUCGAGGCUCCCGACGCCGGGGCCAGGAUGGACGUGGCGGGCCCGCAGCAGCUGGGCAUGUUCACGGAGGGCGAGCUGAUGUCGGUGGGCAUGGACACGUUCAUCCACCGCAUCGACUCCACCGAGGUCAUCUACCAGCCCCGCCGCAAGCGGGCCAAGCUCAUCGGCAAGUACCUGAUGGGGGACCUGCUGGGGGAAGGGUCCUACGGCAAAGUGAAGGAGGUUCUGGACUCGGAGACGCUGUGCAGGAGAGCGGUCAAGAUUCUCAAGAAGAAGAAGCUGCGGAGGAUCCCCAACGGGGAGGCCAACGUGAAGAAGGAAAUUCAACUACUGAGGAGAUUACGGCACAAAAACGUCAUCCAGCUGGUGGACGUUCUGUACAAUGAAGAGAAGCAGAAAAUGUAUAUGGUGAUGGAGUACUGCGUGUGCGGCAUGCAGGAGAUGCUGGACAGCGUGCCCGAGAAGCGGUUCCCCGUGUGCCAAGCCCACGGGUACUUCUGCCAGCUCAUCGACGGCCUCGAGUACCUGCACAGCCAGGGCAUCGUGCAUAAGGACAUCAAGCCCGGCAACCUGCUGCUCACCACCAGCGGCACACUCAAGAUCUCUGACCUAGGCGUCGCCGAGGCCCUGCACCCGUUUGCAGCAGACGACACGUGCCGCACAAGCCAGGGCUCCCCUGCCUUCCAGCCGCCCGAGAUCGCCAAUGGUCUGGACACCUUCUCCGGCUUCAAGGUGGACAUCUGGUCAGCUGGGGUCACGCUCUACAACAUCACAACAGGCCUAUACCCGUUCGAGGGGGACAACAUCUACAAGCUGUUUGAGAACAUCGGGAGGGGGGACUACACGAUCCCUGGGGACUGCGGCCCCCCGCUCUCUGACCUGCUGAAAGGGAUGCUGGAGUAUGAGCCCGCCAAGCGGUUCUCCAUACGGCAGAUCCGGCAGCACAGCUGGUUCCGGAAGAAACACCCACCAGCUGAGGUGCUGGUGCCCAUUCCACCGAGCCCAGACACCAAGGACCGGUGGCGCAGCAUGACGGUGGUGCCCUACCUGGAGGACCUGCACGGCGGGGUUGGCGAAGAUGAGGACCAGGACCUCUUUGAUAUUGAGGACGACAUCAUCUACACUCAGGAUUUCACGGUGCCUGGACAGGUCCCGGAAGAGGAGGCGGGUCAGAACGGACAGAGCCGGGGCCUGCCCAAGGCUGUGUGUAUGAAUGGCACGGAGUCGGCACAGCUGAGCACCAAACCUUCCCUCCCUACCCGUAAGGCCUGUCAUGCCAGCGGCAAGAUCCGCCGGCUGUCGGCCUGCAAGCAGCAGUGAGGGUGGCACCUGCAGCUUGUCUCCAGGAGCCCCAGCCGGGUGCCACGGCCCAGACCUUCCUCUGUCUUCUGCCGACUCCCAGCCUACAGGCCACCCAGGAAGGUUGCCACCAUGCAGCUGUGCUGACCACUGCUCAGGAUGUCAGGAGCAUCCCAGAGGGCUGGGCAGGGACUGGGGCCCAGUGCUGGCCUCAGCUGCCUGUGCACAGCACCGCCCAGCAGUGGACACACUUGUCGACUCCGUGAUCCAUGCGGAGCCUUCCCCAGGCGGGGAGGAGGGCCAGGGCCCCGGCCUUCCGAUGCACUUUACGUUUAGACUACUGGCGCCGCGCUGCGCCCCGCCCUUCAGGGUUUGUUCUCACUCUGCUACGUGUUAGGGCCUCCACCGCUAGGGACAGAUUGCAGCCAGACAAGGCUGGUGUGAGGACAGACCUGCUCGCCGCCAUGCAUGCUGAACCGCCGGAGGGAGCCGCGCGGCCGCCUUACUCUCGUCGUUUGGUUGCUUCAUUUUCUUUUUGUCUUUUUUUUUCUUUUUUUAAGAAACAAUAAAACAGGUGGAUUUGA